GGUGGUGCAGGUGAAUGUGUUACUGUAUUUAUGAUAAUCUGAUUAUUUCCCUGAUUCGCAUUUGAAUGACGAUUAUUUUGAUAUUCUAGAUUGACUUGUUCAUGUUCAAUGAUAUCUACAGUUUCGUCUGGGGGUUGAAUGAAAAUACUGUCUUCGUCAUUAUCGACGUUUACGAACAUAGAUUCGGUAUCAGGUUGUUUUGGGGUAGAAGAGUUAAAUGUAGGUGUACUUCAUUCAGAUGAGCCUUUCUGAACUGGUCGGUCAAACUUAACGUUUUGGUGUUGAGUACCCGCGCAUUCUUGAAUCAAAUCAUCUAAGUCGUUCCAAAAUGAACUGGU